CACGCUCGGGACGUCAGCGCCCGUUGGACGCCUUUGAAGGCCCCUUUCCGGGCUGUCUGGCGAGAGCCAAAUGUCAGCCUGUGUCGGUCGAUUACCUCGCCCUCUUUUUCGCAAGAAACGACAGUAUCCUCACAGGCUCCCCUCGUCCUCAGGGACGAUGCCCUCCCCCCCAGGAAAGAAUGGCUGUGGUCGGCGUUUCUUCAGGCUGCGCCGUGGGCAGCCCACAGGCCCUUGAAAGGCGCAUGCGCGGCCCCGCCUCUUUCUUUUCGGCCGGAACCGCCAUCUUCCAGUAAUUCGCCAAAAUGACCAACACAAAGGGAAAGAGGAGGGGCACCCGCUACAUGUUCUCUAGGCCUUUUAGAAAACAUGGAGUUGUUCCUUUGGCCACAUACAUGCGAAUCUACAAGAAGGGUGAUAUUGUAGAUAUCAAGGGAAUGGGUACUGUUCAAAAAGGAAUGCCCCACAAAUGUUACCAUGGCAAAACUGGGAGAGUCUACAAUGUUACCCAGCAUGCUGUUGGCAUCAUUGUAAACAAACAAGUUAAGGGCAAGAUUCUUGCCAAGAGAAUUAAUGUGCGUAUCGAGCAUAUUAAGCACUCUAAGAGCCGAGAUAGCUUCCUAAAACGUGUGAAGGAAAAUGAUCAGAAAAAGAAGGAAGCCAAAGAGAAAGGGACUUGGGUUCAGCUGAAGCGCCAGCCUGCUCCACCCAGAGAAGCACACUUUGUGAGGACCAAUGGAAAGGAACCUGAACUGUUGGAACCCAUUCCCUAUGAAUUCAUGGCCUGAAGGGUGUAAAAAUAAAGACCUGGACUGUA